AUGCUUCCAGAAGACCUCAGGCUGGGUGUCAACUGUGAAGCAUCUAGCCACGGCGUCAAGUCACCUCCAUCGCCAACACCUCAACAACAGCUCAGCCCUCGCAAGAAGCUGACGCUGUCAUCUCUGCCCAGCGGAAUGUGGUCGCAGAGACCAACAGCCAAACCUGAGCCCUUUGGGGCAAAGGAGAGGCAGGGAGAAAUCCCACGAGCAGCCUGGCUGCUCGAGACCCUCAACAGGCUAACGCUCGGGAAGGGAACUUUAAGCCAUCUGACUUGUCAGGCUAACCACAUGCUACAAGAACGAGCAGCACAGCCAUCUCCCGAGGGCAUGCACAUGGUUCCCCGACCUGUCACCCCGAACCAUGAGCCGCCCCCCACGUUCCUCUUCCAACUGGGCUUUACCAGUCAUCACAAUAAGACCAGGUUCGACAACAAGUCCAAACCAAGCACCCCCACCCACGUACAACACGCGAUCUCGGCCCAUAGCCACCCGGGAUCAAUGGCUCCCCUUGUUGAGGAGCUUGAAAGGCCGUCGGGCAUCUACAACCUAGGCGGUAGAGGCCAAGGCCCCACCACAACCUCCGUCAUCGAAUGGCCCAGGUCAGGAGACAAUGAACCCUGGUCCUGUAACGCUGACAUUCCAAUCGGGAGUGACUUCCGCAACUGGGACGACGCCAAAGUGAAGUUCCUACAGGCCAUCCAUACCCUUGUCUCUAUCAGGGACACAUUCUACAUUGGCAACUCCGACAACGCUAACUCCUCCUUUGCCGAUCUGGUGUGGGCCACAUUUUUCCACUUAAUGUCUGAGGAAGUCACCACCAUACCCAGCGACCUUGGCGACGACAAAUCAAUCUACCUGGGAGAAGCUAUGAACAACCUCACCAACUGCUCCCCAGUCACCAUAUUCACAAGAGUACUCAGUGAGCUUAACGCCACCUGGUACGACUCACUGUCCCACACCCAACGACGAUCUGCCAUCACAAUCCUCAUAUCCCCUGCCAUUGAAAAGCUAGCCAACAUGGUAGCUGUCAUGGACCUCUCCAAAUGUGUCGUGGCUUAUGAAGACGAGGAGCGAACACUUGUCAAAGCCAUAGACCGCGAUGUACGCAAUUUGGAGACCACCAUCACCAAGUCUCUGUCACAUGUUGACGUCCAACUAAAGCUCAUAGAGAACAAGCUAUCCCGCGUGUCUGCCCAGGCCUCCCGCCUGAGUAACCCACUUUCAAAUGCGGGGGAAACACAAGGAUGUUUUGGUCUUCCAGACAAAGGCCCCAAACGCGGGAAGGCCAAUGACGGCACCCCAAUGUCUCAAACAGCAGAAGCUCUACCCCCCAUGCCGUCCACCUUCACUAUGCAGGAUGUCUCUCAGUGCAUCCUGGUCGUUACUAUGGUGAUCAAAGCAGGAUAUGACAUCAGCUUCGAAGCCGCCAAGGUACUUGUCAAUAAAUUUGGCGACAUCUCGCAAUGUCAGGCCGAAUUCAUCCAAGCACACGGUAGGGCCUCCACUGGCCCUAUCCAAGCCUCGGUGGUCAACGCAGCGACCACCACGGCCAGUAACAUUGGAGCUCCAGUCCAGGCAACCCUCGACAGCGGGUUUUACACGCUCAAAACUGCUCGCAUUGCGGAGAAGUCCAACAGCGUCUCCAAGGCGCUGAACCAACAUAAGGAAGCAGCAAAGAUUGCUUCAGCCACCCACACACAACCCCCGAACGCACACCAGAAGAUUGUCCAGGCCUUUGUUGCUGCGCAGAUCAACAAAAUUGGGGGAACAUCUAACUCCGUCUUGUCCACCACCUAUCAGGGAUCUUUCCUCAACCUACUAUUCAUCGCCCGCCCUGAAGAAGCAAUGAUUACACAGCUCAGUGAGAUGAACAGUUGGUUUCUGAACCAAGGCUCUGAAGAGGUUUGCAACGCCACACUGUGGUCCAUUGUGGACUUUUACAAGCCCAUCACACGCAUGAACAUCUUCGGCAUCCCCAUGCUGGACGCCAAGGCCAAUGUCAAACUUAUAGUCGAGGAGGUCUACGCCACCCUUGUUACAGAGAACAAGUGGCUGCAAGGUCUGAUACUAGACCCAAUGUCGUUCCCCCACAUGUUGCUAUAUGCCCCGGUAGGGGACACCUGCACUGCCCAGGUAUCCAUCAUUGACGGAAACCCCUCCUACGUGGAAACGAACAAGAAGUACACUAUUGGUCACGCGCGACCGCAGACGUUUGUGCCCCUGUAUCUGAAGUGUCUCAAAUGGGGACAUGUUGGAGGGGCAUGUGGUAUGGGUGGGAAGUUCAACUCCACCGUUCUGUGUUACAAGUGCAGCCUUAUGCACUUCACGGAACAACAUCAAGCAUUCUGCCAACACAAGGAGUACAAGCAGACAAGGCUUGACAUCCUUAACCCAUGGGUGGAGAACUGCCUGCCGGGACAUGCUAAGUGCCGCAAUUGUAAAGCGUGGGGCCACUCGGCCACCUCCACAUUAUGCCCGUGCUGGAAGCUCUGCAUGCAACCAGAAAAACUCGAAGCCUUCUGGAAGAGAGAAGGAGUGGACGACGCUACUAUCCAGGCCCUCUCUGAGGGCUAUAACCUGGAGCGUGAGAAUUGCCUGGAGGCUAAAUGCUUGGGAGGACACACGGCAAAGGGCGAAGAUGCAUCUGAUCCUAUUAGCCAAAGUCAUGAGACCAAACCCCAACCAUCCACCGCAGUUGCAGACUACGAUGAGGACAUGUACUUGUAA